UUUCAUCAUUUCAUUAAUCAUCAAGAAAAAAAAUACGUCAGACAUGGCUGUAUGGGCAUAGUUCCCUUUGCCUUACCCUUCGGGGAAAACCAAACCAAAAAAAAAAAAAAAAAUCGUAAUCGGUCGUGAUUUUACUGUUUGUUAAAAAAAGGGAUUGGCCGUAUCUUGCUUGUUGAUUGUUGGACGAGUUACUGGUAAAACACGCGCAGCGUCGUCGAGGUCUGAAUUAUAUUUAAAUUCAAACGCAUUAAACAAGAUGGAAGCUUCUUACCAGGGAGGUGUGUCCUACCAGGAAGGUGGCGAUAAUUUUCAGAGGUCUGCCCAGACUAUCGCCAGUAAUAUCAAGAAAAUAUCACAAAAUGUAUCAUCAAUGUCCAAAAUGGUUAACCAGCUCCAGACUCCACAGGACUCCCAGGAGCUCAGAAACCAGCUGCGACAGAUACAAAACUACACACAGAAUUUGGCAAAGGACACCUCAUCAAUACUCUUGAAUCUGAUGAAGAUGCCGGCUGAUCAACCGGCAAGCAAGAUCACGCGCGAGCGACUCAGCGAUGAGUUCAUGGCUACACUCAAUGCAUUCCAGGCCACGCAACGGCUAGCUGCUCAGAAAACUAAGGAAGAUGUAAGGAAAGUGAAAGCGCAGUCAGUCAAAAUUGGCGAUCCAUUUGCGAUGAGCAGUGGUGGCAACAAGGAGAAUCUGCUGGAAAUGGGCGACACGAACGAGCGAAAGCAGCAGGAGCAGGUCGUGAUGCAGUCGGAGCGGGAGCUGAUCGAAUUAGAGGAGCGCGAGAAUGACAUCCGUCAACUUGAAGAUGACAUUCGGGACGUGAACCAGAUAUUCAAGGACCUAGGGCAGAUCAUCCACGACCAGGGCACCGUGGUGGACUCCAUCGAGUCGAACGUCGAGUACGCCGCGCAGAAUGUCGAGAAUGGGACGCAGGAGUUGCGACAAGCCGCCACUUACAAGAACAAACUGAGAAAGAAGAAGGUGUAUCUAGCCAUCAUCCUCAUCAUAAUAAUAUCUAUAAUCCUUAUAAUUAUUUUUAACCACUAAACCAAUGAUAAAGCGGCCACGAUUGUAUGAUAACCGACCUUUCACAUUGGUUUGUUACGCUUUUCUAUUGAUGUAAAUAAAAUCAUAUCGAUAUUAUUUAAUAUGCAUAGCCUGCGUACUUUUUGUAUACAAGACCCUAUUGACAACGAUUUAGACGUGUUUAAAGUAAAUUUCUCAAUAAUGUGACCAUAAAACCACACUAAUAGAUUAACGAUUGCGUAAAAAUAAAGACGUCUACGAUUGCCAUGGCGCGGCGUAUUCUAAAGUCUGUUAAUGCUUAUAAUUUACAAUGCUAAGCGCUGCAAGCGGAAUUAUUAUUUUUAAUAGCUGUGCGUAUAUUUAUAUUACGUUAAACAUGUUACUUUGUAUGAUUUUUUUACUUUGUUUUCCUCAUACUAACAAAAAAAGUUAAUUUUGUGUUUUAUAUGUAUGUCAUUGCCAAAGUGCCUCUUGCCAAAAUCAUUAAUAUGCAUAAUUUCGUCAGCCAUAUUUUCAUUAUGAAAAUUAUUCCUUAUCAAACUAUCACCUUGCAAAAUUAAUAAGCAUUCUAUUAAAUAUUGUUUUGUUGAUGUCGGUGUAAAUAGCCGCGGCUCUUCUGCGCAUGGUACACCCAGUAAAUAUUUUCACUGAUUAUUCUACUUAUGCAACAUUUGGGAAAUGAAACAGAUGGCAAACAUUUUUAGGCGAAACGUUGGUUGACAAUCAAAAUAUUUUGGGAAUCGUUGUUUGGUUAAUUAAUAUUUGCGUAUAAUUGCCCGACGAAAAAGCGGAUUGCCGUAUCAUUACACAUUUCCGGUAAAUGUAAUCCCAUAGCACAUUUGUACACAAUAAUGACACUGUCAAGUUGUAGAGUGUACUCUUAUAAACAGUAUUACUUUCUAAAAGACAGCCUUUGAGCAUUCCGAUAAUGCAGAACAUUAUAUCUCACCACUAAUUGAACAUUCGGCUAUCCGUAUCAAUAUUAGGAAUCAGUAAUGGAAAACUUUGCAAUUAAUGACUUUUAAAUUAGUGCUAUUAUAUUAACGGGUAUUGAGCCAUGUCAGGGGCCAUUGGCGAGUGAGAAUUAGUUAUUCAUUUCCCUUAAGUGUAGUUUUCACAAACACAGAUUGCUCAACCAUUAUAGACGGCGAAACGGCUCACCACCUCUCAGAUCUAACGGAAUUCUCGAAAAACAAGGUUUAAUAUGUAGAUAUUAGAUAGAACAUUCUAUCUAAAUCGUUGUCAAUAUUUACUUAGAUUCGUACAUUUACUGAAAUGUAAGCUGUUUGUUAUUAAUACCACAGGCUGUUUUGUAGCUAUAUUAUUGUAUUGCAAAUGACAAAUAAGAGAAAAUAUCAUUUUAUUAACUAUAGUUUUUGCAUAAAGUGUUUCUAAUUGCAUGACUCACUUUCAUUAGCCGAUAAUCCGGUCGAUGUCUAUGCUGCGUGUGAAAUUUGCAAGUAUAAGCGAUUGGUUGAUUCCAAACUACUUAAUUAAUCAGUAUGCGAUUACGUGUUUUCAUACUAUUAUCGCAAAGCAAUAGACAAACAUUUAACUAUAACUAGGCUUGCGCACACGGGUUUAUAUUCGAUUCGAGUAAUAAAUUUGCAAAAUAUACUAAAUUAUAUUGUAACAACGUUACAAAUGUGCAUCAUAUCUCUCACAUUCCGAAUUACGUUUGUGUCGGCUAAUGAAAUUGCGUUUUAAUUCGUCUGAAAAACUUAUUUCUUAUUUAAAACAUAACCGGUCUAGCAGUUUUGUACAACAUGCAGUAAUAACGCAACACGCAAGGUUCUUCAGCACUACUGGCCUUGCGAAAAAAAUUACCUUCUUAUUUUGUCUAUUACAAUAGUAAAAUAAUAUGUAUUAGUUCGAUAACAGUUACGUGCUAGCUGAUUUUAUGUAGUCGCUAGUUUUUAACAUCGCUUGCUAGAACAAUCGUUCACCAAUUCCGAUAGAUAUUAUUUUUUUGCAGAUACUAGAUUAAUUAUAGUUUGUUCGAAAGUGAUUCUCGUUGAAAUAAUUGAUUUAUUUAUUUGAGAUAUGCGUCUUAAAUUUUGUAUUAAAAAUGAAUUAAGUGUUAACAAGUUCGAGGAGUGACCACACAUUUUUGAGCAAGGUACGAAAAUCGAUAUCUAAACCAUUUCCUGUGAGACUUAUAAAUUGUCUAAACUUCUUACUACUUAGUCUAAUGAUAUUCUCCUUGAAAGUCAGUAAGUUGCUGCUUGUAAAUAAUGGUUACUGAUCAAUAUGACAAGCACUGCUCGUUUUUUCAAUUAAUCAUUUUAAAAUGAGAUUAUGUCUUACCCAUGGUGCAACAAGAUGUUACUUUUCUCCAGUGACUAUGUAACAAGAUUUUAUUACUUUUAGUAUUAUUUUAGUAUACGUAGAAUGGUCAUAAAUGUCCAAAUGCCACGUACCUAAAUGUUAUUUUGUUAACGUAGCACGUUUAGUAGUUUGCACUAAUAAGAUACGUUUUCGUUGUAAGUUUAUAUAAUUUACUUUCCUGACAAUUAUUAAAAAUAUCUGCUCUGUCAUACACCUUACAGUCUCAAGUGUAGAGAGAAUAAAUAUAGAAUAGCAAUCAAAACGGGAAUAAUUUCGAAAAUAGUCAUUCCAAAUUAUCGAUGGGUCCCAUAUUGUCAACGGAGAGUGUUAGCAAGGUGCUAAUUGAUGAAUUUAUGUAGCUGGAUGUAUUUUAUUAAAGGAAAGGGUACCAUUGGUUGAUAUUUGUUUACUUUAAAAUUAACCUUUCGUCAUAUUCUUGAGGCACAAUAAAUUUAGUUUAUUUUUUAUUUUAUAGUGUAUUUGUAGAGUAAUAUGUAAGUAUACCUUGAUCCAAAAUUUAAUACUGUUCUAAAAGUUUGUGCCUCAUUUAGAUAAUAGGACAUGUUUAUUUCGUCGUUAGUCUAUCCCUGUCAUAUAGAUAUUUACAUCAAGUAUAAUCAUCAUAAAUUAAUAAUAGCAUUAUUAUGUUACAAUAGAUAUUAGGUAUCGUGUCUUGUAAGUACUUGUGUAUGUUCUGACUAGUUAGAUUAAUUAGUUCAAUCGUAGAAGUGUGAUAUUUUUCUCAUUUGUUCAACAAUAGAGCUAGGGAAAAUUAAAAAGUCGCAUUAGUUGUGAAACAGUUACAAAAACGAACCCUUCUCGUAUCAUCGUGAGACUUUGCAUUUUACGGUGCCAAGGGUGUACGUGUACGUACAGAACAUUCCACGGUGAAAAAAAUGAUAUCCAAAGUCCACUCCUCGGGCUGAAAGCCAGUAUUUAAGUGCAGUGAAAAGUAACAAAUUAUACAUCUAUCAGCUCGACGAUCGAACUAAUGAAUUGAAUUAGUGAGAACAAAGCUAAUUAUGUAUGUUGCGGCUAAAGUUGAGUAUAUUUUCGAGCAUAGCUUAUCAUUAAAUAUUUAGCCAGCUGAACUUAAGUGUAGCCUUAAGCAGUUGGCAAAAUUCUGUAAAUCAAAUUACAUGACAUUUAUUUUUUAAAUCAUGUGUUUAAGCAGUCUCAUCAACCGCUACUUUUAACCUUCAGCCACAUUUCUUUCAUAACCAGUUGCUGAAAAGCAAUGUGCCUUUAGCCGUAACAUAUAUUUUUUUAAUUUAAAAUGAAAUGUACUGAAGCAAAUAUUAUUUAUAAGAGUCAACGAUUUUAUACUAGGCACAUUUUGUUGAAAGCUGUAAUUAAAAUUAAAAUAUAUUAAAUCAGUAA